GAGAAAAAAAAAACACAAACUCGAAGAACAACAAACUCUUUUGCCCUCUGCUCUCUUUUCUCUCUCAGGUAACCUCAAAGAGAACACCAAUACGAGGGUUUUAUGCUCGAAACCUAAAAGUCACAGACAGAACACUUCAGUUUUAGAGAGAAAAGGUGAAAAGGAGAGAUUUCUUUAGAGAGAGAACCACACAAAAGUUUUCGAGCGCUGACGCUGUUUCACUCCCCAGCUAGGGUUUUCGUAUUGAUUUAUUAUAAAGGGUGUCCUGUAAAUAGUUCUGAAAGCCACUGUGGUUCUUGAUAGAAAAGAGCAGAUUAUUAAGCCACAAGGACUUCUUCAAUGCUUGGAGGUACAUUUAAAUCAGUAUGACACUUGAAGAUUUCUUUACCCUGACUGAGAUGAAGGAUGGGCUCACAGCCCCUUCACGAGUCCAUGAGUUGGUUGCUGUAAUGCAGAAAGAGAAACAUGGUGUUUUGAAUAAUGUUGGAGAUUCAACCAGGCAAUGGGCUGCUGUUGCAAGCACAAUUGCUGCUACAGAGAAUAAAGAUUGUCUUGAUCUUUUUGUUAACUUAAAUGGACUAUUGUUUAUUGAUAGAUGGUUAACGACUGCUCAGAAGUUCAGUAAUGAAACAAGUGAAGGCUCUGUAGAAGAGUCAAUUACUGCCUUAUUAAGGGCUCUGGAAAAGCUGCAAAUAGACAAGGAGAGGUCCAUUUCUUCAGGGGUCUGGGGCACUGUUAAUAAUCUUCUUGACCACAGUAGUUCUCGGGUUCAGGAUAGGGCAAGGGCAUUGUUUGAUAGCUGGAAGCCUGGCGAGGUUAGUGAUGCAAUUCACCAUGAUGUUCAGAGUGUUGGGGCAUUUGAUGAUGUUAGAAUGAAUGACAGCGAGACUGGAAAAACUGAAUGUGUUGCUGUCAAAGUUCCUCUUUCAAAUGGAAGUGCUGAUGUAGAAAAUAACGCUGCAGAACAAACUGGGGAUGAAAGUUUGCAAUCAAGAAACUCAAAUUGUCUUCAAGCAGAAAGCGUGCAGGAUGUACUGAUUCAAACUAAUGAUUGUGAUCAUCAAAUUUUAGACCAUAGAAAUUUGGAGGAUAGAACGCAAGUUCCUCUUACUGCUGCUGUGGAUAGAUCAUUAGAUCCUGUUAACACCUCUGUUGUGUCAAAAUCUGAUCAAGAAAGCCUGUCACUGAAAGAAAAGUCCCCAGUAAGUAGUGCUGUGGAAGAGAAUGUUUCCACUGAGCCAGAUUCAGAAGCUCCAAAGAUGCUCACUGACAAAUCAGCCUCUUCUAGCAAAGUGGAACCUGGAGCUAUUUCCUCGAGCAAUGUUGCUGCAAUUGCUGAGGAAAUUGUGUCAGAAUCUGCUUUGCAAAAUAAUGUUGAUGCCAAAGAGGAUAAUUGCUGUACAAGUACAAGUGGAUCCAGUGUUGUGGCAAUACCCGUAUCUACAUCAAAAAUUGGGACAGAUGAAGUGGAGAAUAGAGAUCAAUGUCAAACACCUAUAUUUAACUCCGGUGCUGAAGAUGGUGAAUUUUCUCCUGACCCUCCACAGCACUUGGCUGGCAACAAGAGCCCAUUGGAAAAACCUGACAAGUUUGGGAGUCUGUUUUCACGGAUGGAAGAUGUUGGUGCCAGUGAUGAUGAUAGAGAACAUAGCAGUGACAGGGCUGAGGAUAAUUCUGAUUUCUCUAAACCAACCACAGAUAAAUGUAGUCCGGAUUUGAUUGGCAGAAGAAGAUCUGAUAUUGAGCUUGAGUAUGGCAUGGUUGAUGCUCUUGAAGUUGCUCGACAAGUUGCUCAAGAAGUGGAGAGAGAAGUUGGAGAUUACAGAGAACAAUCCUGCAGCUCGUCUUCUGAGAAAAUCUUGGAAAGUGGUAUUAAGCAGCCAGGUAGCCCAGAUUCCAUAAAUGGAGAGCGGGACCUAUCCACUGAGAUCCCUCCGGAAAAUGUGCCAACUAGACUGAAUCAGUCUUCUGAGACGUGUGCUGAGCAAGAGGGGCGCUUAAUUGAUUCAAGUAAUCUGGAAAAUGAAACAGAGAAUGGCAUGCAUGACCUGGAGUCUUCUCAGGUUACUGAAGUGGCUCAAGAACCAGAAGUUAAUACAGAGAAAGGCCUGUGUGAUUUUGAUUUGAAUGAAGAAGUCUGUUCCGAUGAUAUGGUUCUUCCUAUGAAUACAUCCCCCGCCCUGAUUUCCAUUGUUUCGGCUUCAAGGCCUGCAGCAGCUUCUGGAUCGCCUGCAGCUCCUUUGCAGUUUGAGGGAAAUCUUGGAUGGAGAGGUUCUGCAGCUACUAGUGCUUUUCGUCCAGCUUCCCCACGCAAGACUUCUGACGGGGACAAGACUGUUGAGACUGUUGAGGCUGGGGGAAGCAGCAAUUGUUCAAAACAAAGGCAGGUGUGCCUUGAUAUUGAUCUCAAUGUGGCCGAGGGUGGAGAGGAGAAGGUUGUGGAUUUAAUUUCUUCAAGACAAAUUCCAGUCUCAUCAGGCUUCCAUUCUGGGGAAUCUUCUUUAGAAGUGGGCUCGAGAAGACCAGAGAGGCCCAACCUGGAUUUAAAUCGUACCAGUGAUGAUGGUGAUGCUUCACUGACUGAUCUGAGAAUGGAGGGGCAGCUAUUUUACCCACGGAACGGCCAUCGUAGUCCAUCUCCUGCUUCUUCAUCUUCUUCAAUGCAGCCUUCUCUGAGGAACUUUGAUUUAAAUGAUAGACCUUUCUUUCAUAAUGACUCUUUGGAUCACGGGCUGUAUCAUAGCAAGUCCUCCCAAACUGCAAGUGUUUUUGGAGGAUCUAAACUAGGUGAUCCUGUUAUUUCUAUCAUGGGUACUAGAGUGGAAGUGGGCAAUCGAACGGAAGUUGUCAAAAAAGAUUUCAUUCCGCAGGCUCCGUCCCUGCCAAACAGCAAGCCUCUGGAACCUGUAAUGGGUGCUAAUCUUGCAAGAAUGGGAGGUGUUUUGGGUAUGGUUCCCGCUCUGUCAUACACUCAUGCUCCUGUUUUUGGGUACAGUGCAUUGCCAACAGCACCCGCCAUAUCCAUUCCUUCAGCUAUGUAUGGUUCUGCUGGCUCCAUCCCUUAUAUGAUGGAUUCAAGGGGAACCCCUGUCAUGCCUCAAAUAAUGGGCUCUGCACCAUCUGUUCCUCCUUACUCCCAGCAACCAUUCAUAAUGAGUAUGAGUGGUGCACCCCUGAGUUUAAAUGGCGCUGGGCCCUCACGGCCUAGCUUUGACUUAAAUUCUGGUUUUGCAAUGGAUGGAGGAAGCACGGGUGGUUUGUGCCAGCUGUUCAUGCCUGGCCAAGGCAGCUCACAACCUUCUUCAAGCACUGGAGCGGGUGGGAAAAGGAAGGAACCAGAUAGUGGGUGGGAACAUGCCUACUCGUUACAAUAUAAGCAUCCGCAACCCCCAUGGAGAUAGAAACUUCCAAAAUUGUCAGUGUGCCCACUAUUGGAACCAGUUUGAUUAAGUCUCUGAUGUAAGCUGAUUAGCCUAAGUGAGGAAAGCAAAAUAAAAUUGGGGGCAAAUGUUAAUGUAAAAUGAUUCAUGAGAUUAAUUGCCGAAGGAGGAAAAGUAAAGGAAGAUUAGGUUUUUUAUUUGUUUUUGUUUUGUUUAGUUUCUUCCGUUUCUGUGUUUCAAAGAAAGCAAUUUCAAUCAUAGAAGCUUGGUACAUGUAGCUGUAAUUUAUCUUCGUCAUAUAGCACAGAAAUUUAAAGGAA